AUGGUUAAGGCGUUAGAAUUGCUAUCACAUCCAGUAGAAUUAAAAUCUGCACUAAAGCUAAAAUUCAUUAGACAACCGUUAUACGCUCCUCGAGAUAUCGCUUCCCCGGAAUUGACGAGAUGUUAUGAAUUGUUGAAAGCAACUUCAAGAUCUUUUGCAGCCGUCAUUCAAGAGUUGAACCCUGAACUACGUGAUGCUGUCAUGCUGUUUUAUUUGAUUCUUAGAGCGUUAGACACUGUUGAAGAUGAUAUGACCAUCGAACCCCAGCUAAAGGUUAAGGUUUUACGUUCGUUUGCAGAAAAACUGGAUACCAGGGACUGGUCAUUUGAUGGUAACUCACCUGAGGAGAAAGAUCGCAAAGUUUUGGUGGAAUUCCCCUGUAUCCUACACCAAUACCAUGAAUUGCGCCCAAAAUACCGCCAAGUGAUUCAAGAUAUUACUGUCAAGAUGGGUAAUGGUAUGGCAGACUAUAUAUUGGAUGAACAGUUCAACUUGCAAGGUGUCCAAACUGUUAAGGACUACGAUCUUUACUGUCAUUACGUCGCCGGACUGGUUGGUGAAGGUUUGACUCAUUUGAUCGUAGAGGCUGGGUUUGGUACGCCUGAUUUGGACGCCAAUCCACAACUGUACGAAAGUAUGGGUCUUUUCUUACAAAAGACAAAUAUCAUUAGAGAUUACGCGGAGGAUUUGGGUGAUGGUAGAUCGUUUUGGCCACGUGAAAUUUGGUCCAAAUACGCUGAAAAAUUGCCUGAUUUAGGUGAUCCACGCAAUGCACAAAAUGGUCUAAGCUGUAUUAAUGAAUUGGUGCUAAAUGCCCUUUCUCAUGUGAUAGACGUUUUCACUUACCUUUCAUCAAUUAACGAACAAUCCACGUUUCAAUUCUGCGCUAUUCCCCAAGUUAUGGCUAUAGCCACCUUAGCGCUCGUCUUCAAUAAUGAAAAAGUGUUGACAGAUAGGGUUAAAAUUCGUAAGGGUACUACGUGUGAGUUAAUCCUAAAGAGUCAUACCUUGCAUGGAUGCCUCUCAAUUUUCCGUCACUACGUGCGUGAUAUCAAAUCGCGUGUACCAGUGCAGGAUCCAAAUUAUCUAAAAGUUAACAUUCAGGUUGCCAGAAUCGAACAACAUAUCGAGGAGAUGUACCAGGACAAAUUACCAAAUGGUGCCAAACCAAAGGAAACGAUUUACUAUACCAAGGCACAAGAACGUUUCAAGCAAGACGAAAAAAUACUUCCAAUCGAACAAAACGAGGAGUACAAAUUUAAUAUGGCGUUGACGGUUUUAUUAACUAUUGUCUCAGCGAUUUACUUCUACGCCAAGUGA